AUGCCGAGACUUCCGUCAGAUAUAGAGGUAGAGAUACUCACUAGGGUUCCAACUCUAUCUGUAGCUCGCUUCAGAUCCGUUUGCAAAGAAUGGAACGCUAUUUUCAACGACAUGAAAUUCAUGUUACAGACCGAUUCCAAGAUUUAUUCGAUAAGCAUCAAUCUCAAAGACGACGAGCCAAAUAUCAAAGUUCGUGAGUUAACCACCUCUUUUGAUUUUCCCGUUUUAGCCACUGCUAACUGCGAUGGGUUCAUCUUCUUAUUUGACUACUUCACUAAGAUGGAUAAAGGCGCAGUUUGGAACCCAUGUUUGAGACAGGCUACAUGGAUUGAGGUGAAACCUAAACAAUUAUAUUACACUUUAUGUGGCAUGGGUUAUGAUAGUAGUGGAUCAGGAAAGAGUUACAAGAUCGUUGGGCUUACUUAUAAUGUCAACAAACUGAGUUUUGCAAUCUACGAAUUUGCAACCAAAUGGAAGUUUAUUGAUGAUGACGAAUACAAUGGAGAGCCCGGAACACAACAAUCGUUAUCUUAUAAUAAUUUGUCCCUGAAUGGGAAUUUGCAUGUUCUCGCGGUUUUCAAGGGAGAUCGAUUUUCGUUGUUAGAACAAUGCGAUUUAACACUGAAGACUGAGAUUUGGGUGACAGAGAAGAAAAUUACUAAUGUUGAGGUUGGAGAUGCUGUGGUGUGGAUUAAGUUCAUGAGUAUCUCAAUACCUAAUUUCACUUGGUCAUACGAGUGUACAAGUUACUUUGUUGAUGUUAAUGUUUACCGAAAGUGCUUCGUCAUGUGUUGUAGCGACAGGGAUAGACAGGCUUGCGUCUAUAUUGUCAGGGGAGAUAAGUGGAGAAAGAUUAAAACAGAUGAUGUGAUUGGUGGGUUACACCACUGCUCUGUUUAUGUUUCCAGUUUGAUCCCCACUCCUUGA